CGAAGUUCUCAGUCUGUCUACGGGAGAGAGUCAGCGGCGUUGUUACGGUGUUAUGGAUUAACAAUGGCUGGCAGGACCACAGGUAACCAGCAGAGUUCUGUGAAGUAUGUCUAUGAACUUCCUUAUACUGAGCGUAAAAUGCUGUGCAGCAUUCUGGACAUGGACAGCCAAUGGGAGAGAUUAGGAGGUCAGUUCAUGAACUUCAAAGUACACGAGUUAUAUGAAAUGCGUCGUGUGGAGAAGUGCGGUGAGAGUCCUUGUGACCGACUCCUGCAGGCGUGGGGGCACCAGAACAACACAGUGGCAAGUCUCUACUCUCUACUCUACAAAAUGCACCACUACCAGGCCAUGAGGGUCUUGCUUCCAUUCAUUCCGAGCAAAUACCACGGGCUUGCACUGAAAGGUGAGCAGUCCCUGACUGCAGAGCUGCCGAAAGAUGUAACGUCUAGCAGCACAGCCCAGCUACGAUCUCUGCAGCACCUGCACACCAACAGCACUCAAGCUGGAGCUGCUGCCCUGCCUAAACCUCCUGAACAUCUACUGAGUUCUUCAAGACAAGCUCCUUCACCAACUGUGGGCGCAGCUAUGACUGGCCCUCAGUCAGGAGGCGCCCCGUCUCCUGCUGCCACUCCGUACGGCCACAACCUCAACUCAAGCCUGCCUGCAGCUGUCGUGUCAUCACCGCACCCUCAGGGCAUCCGGCACCCUCUGGGGGGCAAGAAACCUGCCCUCACUACGAAGAAAAUUGUCAACACAGAAUUUGGAUGUGGGUGUGGGGAGGCGAUGUCGUGCGAGGAGAACGCGUCGGCUGCAACGCUGCCCACGCCCCCCGCUGCUGCCGCGGGCUUCGAUGCUGAGUACCGAGAGAAGAUGGAAGCUCAGCUCGCUGAUGCCGCGGCAAACUCGACGCCCGCGUCAGGCGAACCUGUGAAAGCGACCGCCCCUUCUCCUGCUGGUGCUGGUAGUGGCAGUGGCAGUGACAGCAGCAGUGGUGGAGGUGCUGCUGGUGCUGUCAACAAGGUGACAGUAGUGGCGGCCAGUGAUGACAGCUGUGGUGCCGUGGACGACACUAGCAGUCCCCCUGCAGCGCCUCCUGCAGGAGUCGCUGCAGGGAAGGUUGCCGCUGCAGAGGGAGGGGUCAUAAGCCUGUCUCUUAUACACAUCUAG